GGGGCGGGGCCGGUGCAUAGAUUAGUCAAAUAAGCCGGGGAGGAGGGAAGCCGGCUACGAAUUAGCCUAAGUUAUUAAAGAUGGCGGCGGAGCGCAGUCGCUCCGCGAUGGACUCGCCGGUCCCGGCCUGUAUGUUCGCCCCUGAGCCCAGCUCCCCCGGGGCGGCCAGGGCUGCGGCGGCCGCCGCCCGACUCCACGGCGGCUUCGACUCGGACUGCAGCGAGGACGGCGAGGCGCUCAACGGCGAGCCGGAGCUGGACCUCACCAGCAAGCUGGUUCUAGUGAGCCCUACAUCAGAGCAGUAUGACAGCCUACUUCGGCAGAUGUGGGAGAGGAUGGACGAGGGAUGCGGAGAGACCAUAUAUGUCAUUGGGCAGGGAUCAGAUGGGACAGAGUACGGGCUGAGUGAAGCUGACAUGGAAGCCUCCUACGCCACAGUGAAGAGCAUGGCGGAACAGAUAGAGGCCGAUGUCAUCCUCCUGCGGGAACGGCAAGAAGCUGGGGGCCGCGUGCGUGAUUACCUGGUCCGGAAACGAGUCGGAGACAAUGACUUCCUGGAGGUCAGGGUAGCAGUGGUGGGCAAUGUGGAUGCCGGCAAAAGCACCCUCCUGGGGGUCCUGACACAUGGGGAGCUGGACAAUGGCCGAGGCUUUGCCCGCCAGAAACUCUUCCGCCACAAACAUGAAAUUGAAUCUGGUCGCACCAGCAGUGUGGGCAACGACAUUCUGGGCUUUGACAGCGAAGGCAAUGUAGUGAACAAGCCUGACAGCCACGGUGGCAGCCUGGAGUGGACUAAGAUUUGUGAGAAGUCCACUAAGGUCAUUACCUUCAUCGACUUGGCUGGUCAUGAGAAGUACCUGAAAACCACUGUCUUCGGCAUGACAGGCCAUCUGCCUGACUUCUGCAUGCUCAUGGUGGGCAGCAAUGCUGGCAUCGUGGGGAUGACCAAAGAACACCUAGGCUUGGCACUGGCUCUCAAUGUACCUGUCUUUGUGGUAGUCACCAAGAUUGACAUGUGUCCUGCCAACAUCUUGCAAGAAACCCUGAAGCUGUUACAGCGCCUGCUGAAGUCACCAGGCUGCCGGAAGAUCCCUGUGCUGGUGCAGAGCAAGGAUGAUGUGAUUGUCACAGCCUCCAACUUCAGCUCCGAAAGGAUGUGCCCGAUAUUCCAGAUCUCCAAUGUUACAGGCGAGAACCUAGAUCUGCUGAAGAUGUUCCUCAACCUCCUCUCCCCCCGCACCAGCUACAGGGAGGAGGAGCCUGCUGAGUUUCAGAUCGAUGACACUUACUCUGUCCCGGGUGUGGGGACAGUAGUGUCGGGGACAACACUGAGAGGUCUGAUCAAGCUGAAUGACACGCUGCUGCUGGGCCCAGACCCCUUGGGUAACUUCCUGUCCAUUGCUGUCAAAUCCAUCCAUCGCAAGCGCAUGCCUGUCAAGGAGGUGCGGGGUGGCCAGACAGCAUCCUUUGCUCUGAAGAAGAUCAAGCGCUCGUCCAUCCGGAAGGGCAUGGUGAUGGUUUCCCCACGUUUGAAUCCCCAAGCCUCCUGGGAGUUUGAGGCCGAGAUUCUCGUCCUCCACCACCCCACCACAAUUAGCCCGCGCUACCAGGCCAUGGUGCACUGUGGGAGCAUCAGGCAGACAGCCACCAUUCUGAGCAUGGACAAGGACUGUCUGCGUACUGGGGACAAGGCCACUGUACACUUCCGCUUCAUAAAGACCCCUGAGUACCUGCACAUAGACCAGCGUCUGGUGUUCCGGGAAGGCCGCACCAAGGCCGUCGGCACCAUCACCAAGCUCCUCCAGACCACCAACAAUUCCCCGAUGAACUCCAAGCCCCAGCAGAUUAAAAUGCAGUCGACGAAAAAGGGCCCCCUGAUGAAACGAGAUGAGGGGGGCCCAUCUGGCGGGCCAGCAGUAGGAGCACCCCCACCUGGAGAUGAAGCCUCCUCUCUAGGGGCUGGGCAACCAGCUUCGUCCAGCAAUCUCCAGCCUCAGCCAAAACCCAGCAGUGGAGGCCGGCGACGAGGGGGCCAGCGCCACAAGGUGAAGUCCCAGGGGGCCUGUGUGACUCCUGCCAGCGGCUGCUGAACCUUCCCUUGGCCCACCCCCAUCACCCAAGGGGGUCUUCACACUCUGGCCACCGCUCCACCAGAUGGGCAGAGCAGCUAUGACCGCCACCCAGGCCACAGCCAGAGUCUCUGCAUUGCCCCCACCCCCAUUUUCCAGGGGGUUUGUAAUUUAUAAGCUGAGGAAGGCAGCCAGACUUCUGGAGGACUGACCAUCUCCCACUCUCCUCCCCACCUUCUUCCUCGCACAUUUUUUGUACAUCUGGGCCCUUAGUUUUUAUUCUGUUUAUUAUAUGUCUCUGUCUCUCUCUGUUCUCUCUGUCUCUCUCUCUGUGUGUGUGUGUGGUGGAGUGCCACCCCCAGGGUCCUUUCAGCCUCUCCUUUCUUCUCCAUGGCUGCCCACCUGUAUGUCUCUUAGAGAAUCCUCAGGGCCGUCAGGGGAUGUUGGGAGCAGAAGGACCCGCCCUCCCUAUCUUGCUGCUGCUCUGGGCAUUCAGGGGCCCCUUUGUGGAGCAGACUGGGCUGGGGGCUUCUGGUGUCUGCUGCUGCCGGAGCAGGAACCCCCAGUCUAGGACUUGGGCAUUUUAACAGAAGGUAGUGGCUUCCCCUUUUCUCUGUCUCCUCCUUUUUCCUUUUAAACCUCCAAACAGGUCAUGCCAAAAGUUCUCUGGUUGUAACCUGUAGACGUGUGGAGGGGAGUGGCGAUAAGAUUGUAGGACUCUUCCCCACCCCAGACUCUGACCCUGACCCUUGCCACCGACACAAAGAUAGCUGGUGGGUUUCCCCUUGGAGACAAUCCUACACUUGCCUGGGUUGGCCCUGGCUGCCCUCAGCUUUUCCUGAUCUGCCAGGCCUGGAGCCUCCCCUCACCCCACUUCUUGUUGGGCCUCAGGCACUGGUUAUCAGAUGGCAGGGUCUGGGUCUGCUCAGGAUCCUGUUUUCCAGCGCCUCCUGUUGGAGGGGUGGAGAGAUGUUUCCCUGAGCUAGGCUGAGACUAGAACCCCUUCUUUGCUACCAUGUCACCCCUAUGGCUGCUACAGGAGCACAGUAGUGAAGGCCUAAGCUCCACGUUUGAAAGUCCCAACUGGAGUGUGGGGAGGGCAAGUAGCCCUCUGGAAGAACACCUGCUUGGUGUGGGGUUGUGCAGGCCAGAGAUGGUGGCAUGGGCCUGAACCUCCCUGGACUGAUUUCUGCACUGGAGCCACAGGUGUAGGGUACGUUGGUGGGUGGGGGUGGUUCCUUCUCUAGCUGCGGCAGACACCCAGCUGGCUGGGUCCUUCCUCAGCCUUGCCUCCUCCUGUCCCCAACCCUUUCCUCCUGCUUGCAGACUGCUGGUCCCCUGUCCUCCCCUCCUUCCAGCUGUUUCUAGUUACCACCUACCCAUGGCUAUGGACUGAUCAGACCAGCAUUCCAAAUAAAAGCUUGUUCCAAGUUGACAUUGUGGUGUUCCCUGCCCAGCCCUCCAGGUGGAGGUGCUGCCAUGGGAACACAGUUGAUCUGCCUGCCCUGGGGCCCCUGGCAACAGCUGGGAGCAGGGCAGUGCUGUGAGGAGGCCAGCUUCCCUGGUCAGGCAGGUGUGGCUUCCGUGUUCAGGCUGCCUGACCAGCUGGUGACACGGGACAAAUUUAGCAACCUUCUCUGAACCUGUUUCCUCAUCUGAGGCAAAGCAGUACAUCAAGGUUGUGUGAGACCCUGGGGUGUCCUGCACUCAGGAAGGGCUCCCUUAGUGAGUGGUCUGCAUGCUGUUACCCACCCUGCCAUCUCCGUGCCCUGGGCAGGCUCGAAGGGAGAGCUGCAGCUAGGACUGUCAGGGGUCUCACGCACUAGUGUUGACAUUCCCUGCAGCCAUCUGAGUCGAUGUUUGUUGUUUUUCUGGUUAAGGAAACUGACGCUCAGAAAUGUCACCAGCAGCUGUUCAUUCCCGUGCCAGCCUUGCCCCCUGGCUUUUCCCAGGCAGCUGCUCCUGUGUGUCUGCUGGCCCAGCCCGGUCUUCUGUCUCUUGGCUGCUUCCCUCCUGUUCUCUGUCCCAGCUCUGCUUACAGGGGCCUCUGGCAUUGAGCCCACUGGCAUGGCAGGGGCCUUUGGGGUCUGGGUUUCCACAGGACUUAGCCAUGGCAGAACCUCAUUUUAUUUGAACUCUUUGCUCCUACAAACAGCAGUAGUUGCCAGAACCAUUCUUGGCAUUCAGGAGCUCUGGUGACCACCUUGGCCUCUGGCCACAGACACUCAGGAGGGUGGGGUUGGAUCUGGGUACUUGCCAGGCCCACACCUGCCAGCAGGAGGCUGACUGGAACCAUGCUUUACUGUGUUUAACGGGGUCCCUACAGCCCUUCCAGCUAAACACUUGGAACAAAACACCAGCCCUUUUGUAGUGAAUGCAGAAUAAAAUUCUUAAUCCAAUCACCUGGAA